GAUUCCUGCUUAGGGAUCUUGAAGAUGUGGCCCAUUCCCACAGGGCCAGCUGCAGAAGCAGAAAGAAGCUGGACCGGCGCCAGAGUCAUGUGACACAGAAGCUCGAAUCUGUCCCUAUGGAGCCGGAGCCAGCUCGCCACUGCUUGACUUCCCGCAGUCCCCACCAUUAAAGCACUGUUUCUUUCGACAAGUUGGGCAUCUCGCUCCAGGACCAGACCUGUCGCCAGGGCCAUCGUGAUUCUCUUAGCCUUAAAGAAAAUGAGCGUCAAGAAGAAAGAUCUUAUCACUUUACAGGACCCUGAAGCCAAGUACCCGCUGCCCUUGAUUGAGAAAGAGCAAAUCAACCACAACACCAGAAGGUUCCGAUUUGGACUGCCCUCACCAGACCAUGUCCUAGGGCUUCCUGUAGGUAACUAUGUCCAUCUCUUGGCACAAAUUAACAAUGAAUUGGUGAUCAGGGCUUACACACCUGUCUCCAGUGAUGAUGAUCAAGGAUUUGUGGACUUAAUUAUAAAGAUCUACUUCAAAAAUGUGCACCCUAAGUAUCCUGAAGGAGGAAAGAUGACUCAGUACUUGGAGAAUAUGAAAAUUGGGGACACCAUUCUUUUUCGGGGGCCCACGGGGCGCCUGUUCUAUAAUGAGCCAGGGACCCUUUUAAUCAAAACAGACAAAACGAGUGAGCCUGAAAAAAAGCUGGUUCAUCACCUGGGGAUGAUUGCUGGAGGCACAGGCAUUACGCCCAUGCUACAGCUGAUUCGCCACAUCACCAAGGACACCAGCGAUGGGACCAGGAUGUCCCUCCUCUUUGCCAACCAGACAGAAGAGGAUAUCUUGCUGAGAAAGGAGCUAGAAGAAGUGGCCACAACUCAUCAGAACCAGUUCAGCCUGUGGUAUACCCUGGACAGGCCCCCCAGUGGUUGGGAGUACAGCUCAGGCUUCAUUACUGCAGACAUGAUCAAGGAGCACCUCCCUCCUCCUGGGGAGGCCACACUCAUCCUGGUAUGUGGCCCACCACCUCUGAUCCAGGAGGCAGCUCACCCCAGCCUGGAGCAGCUCGGCUACACCAAGGACAUGAUUUUUACCUACUAACUCCUCCCACGCUACCUAGUGGGUCCCUGUGUCACAGUGAGUUUGACUUCAUGCUGUUCAACUAAGGUGUCACUCCAGGCACCAUUAGGCAUGGCAUUCUUUUCAUUGUGGGCCUAAGAAGAGCAAGGGGCUGAAGACAAAAAUGAUUUUUGAGCUUCCGGGCUUGGAGGCUGGGAAGGAAGCCACUUUCCCCAUGGCUUAGUGGAAUAAACUAGACUACUCUGCAUUUAA